UGUUUAAUGGAGUCCCUCAGUCCUCUCUGAUCGGAUCAACGUCUCACUCGCUUCAUCGCUUUGAUCUCCAAAUUCUCUGUCACCCCAAGAAUCGAAUCGUUAUUGGAAUACAGGGAAUUGGGGAGCUUCGUCUCUUUCACCCCUCCCCUUUCACACACUUUCUCUCUCCUCUUCCUUCUCCAUCUGUUUCUCUCUCUAAAUCCAAAGGAGAAAGAAAAAAAAGGAAUUCCAAAGCAAAAUAUAUAUUUAUUGCUUAGUUUAUAUGCAUUUACUAGAAUAAGAGCGAAAAGGGUCUUUUCUUCUUCAACCUCUGCCAGCACCUCUGAAGCACUCCAUAAGUGAUUGUGAUUUUUUUUGCUUUUUUCCUGCUUUUGAGGGCUCCUCGCCGUCUUCGUGUUCGGCCCUCUGACCAAAUUGGUGGCGCAUUAAAGUCUGGCUUUCUUCACAAGUUACACAGCAGCAGCAGCAGCAGCUACCUAGAGAGAGAGAGAGAGAAACAGAGAGUAAGAGAGAGAUCUUUAGCUGCAGAUUUUGUUGUUAAAUCAUUUCAAAAGCAUUUAAGGCCACUCAAUCUCUCUGCCAAUUCUUUGAAUGGAGAAUUCUUAAAAAACCAGACUCCCUCAUCAACUUGCAUAUAAAUUACAAAUCCCUCUCUAUUUCCACCGCCUAAAAGAGCAGAGUCAUAGAUCGAGAGAAAGUGACAUUUCAAGCAAGAUCUACCAGGAUUUAGUUCAGACGUUGCGUUUCGAGAACAAUGUUGGCUCAGAAGCAAGCAGAGGAAGCAAUAGUCUCCAAUGACCAUGAAGGAAAAGAAGAACAUCUCCAAGAAAACGAUGAGGAAAACACCUCCAUGUUUAAUGUUAAGAACUUCCUCUGGCAUGGCGGCUCUGUCUGGGACGCCUGGUUCAGCUGCGCUUCCAAUCAAGUGGCACAAGUGCUUUUGACACUGCCCUACUCGUUCUCUCAGCUGGGGUUACUAUCCGGAAUCUUACUGCAAAUUUUUUACGGAAUCGUCGGAAGUUGGACGGCUUAUCUGAUCAGUGUGCUCUACAUGGAGUACAGAAGCCGGAAGGAGAAAGAGAACGUUAACUUCAAGAACCACGUCAUCCAGUGGUUUGAAGUUCUUGAUGGGUUACUUGGCCCUUACUGGAAAGCCUUGGGGCUUGCUUUCAACUGCACUUUCCUCCUCUUUGGAUCUGUCAUCCAGCUUAUUGCUUGUGCCAGUAACAUAUAUUACAUCAAUGACAAUUUGGACAAGAGGACCUGGACCUACAUCUUCGGAGCUUGCUGUGCCACCACAGUUUUUAUACCUUCUUUCCAUAACUAUCGGAUUUGGUCUUUUCUCGGACUUGGAAUGACCACUUACACAGCCUGGUAUUUGACCAUUGCAGCUGCUGUUCAUGGCCAGGAUGAAGGUGUGACACACACAGCUCCAACAAAGCUAGUGCUGUAUUUCACCGGAGCCACCAACAUACUAUACACGUUCGGUGGGCAUGCUGUUACUGUGGAAAUUAUGCAUGCCAUGUGGAAGCCACAGAAAUUCAAGUACAUUUACUUGUAUGCCACAUUGUACGUUUUCACACUAACAAUUCCUUCUGCUACCUCUGUCUACUGGGCUUUUGGUGACGAGCUUCUCAACCACUCCAACGCUUUCUCUCUCCUCCCCAAGAACGGCUGGCGCGACGCCGCCGUCAUACUCAUGCUCAUCCACCAGUUUAUAACAUUUGGGUUUGCAUGUACACCAUUGUACUUUGUGUGGGAGAAGGUGAUUGGCAUGCAUGACACAAAGAGCAUUUGCUUGAGGGCACUUGCUAGGCUUCCGGUUGUGAUCCCAAUUUGGUUCUUGGCUAUAAUCUUCCCCUUCUUUGGGCCCAUCAACUCUGCCGUUGGGGCUCUCUUGGUUAGCUUCACUGUCUAUAUCAUCCCAUCUCUAGCUCAUAUGCUCACCUACAGAAAAGCCUCUGCCAGACAGAAUGCUGCAGAGAAGCCACCUUUCUUUUUGCGAAGCUGGACUGCCAUGUACGUAAUCAACUCCUUCAUAGUGGUGUGGGUUCUGGUGAUUGGGUUCGGGUUCGGUGGCUGGGCCAGCAUGACCAACUUUGUGAGACAGGUCGACACAUUUGGGCUGUUUGCCAAGUGCUAUCAGUGCAAGCCUCCAAAACCGCCACUAGCAGCCGCAGCUCCUCCCCAUCACUAAAUCUUCAAUUCCUCCAAAACCCUCCCCCUCACCAGUCAGAAAAUUCUCGGUCUUCAUAUUUGUACCAUACAUGGGGAAGUAGUAAUAUUUCCCCCUACAUGUCAUGUGUGCUGGAUUUUUCUUUUUAUUAUUUUUUUCUAUAUUUUUUUUGUUAACUUAGUUAUAAAAUAGUGUGUUGAGUUGUGAUGAUUCCAUUCCUAUCAAAGCAUCCGUUAAUUAAAUCAAUAUAUAUAAAUAUGUAUGCUUUUAGGCAUUUUCCUUAAUCGGUUUGGGUUUUUCACCCCGAUAUCAUCGACUGGAUUAAGAUUGUCAAAAUUUAACCAUG